GUUUAAGUGACUUGCCCAAGUCUUCACAGCUGUUUUUUUAUCAUAAAGCUAAGAAAAUCACAAAGAACAUGUCAGUGAAUCAGCAAGAUCUAGAUCCAGAUAGUACUACAGAUGUGGGAGAUAUUACAGAUACUGAAGAAGAACUUGUUAAAAAAUGUGAAGAAAUAUGGAAAGAUAUGGAAGAAUAUCAGAAUAAAUUAUCACUUACUGGAACCAAGACACUCACUGAUUCAAAUGCUCAGCUAUCAUUAUUAAUUAUGCAAGUGAAAUGUUUGACCGCUGAACUCAGACAAUGGCAAAAAGAAACCCCUGAAAUAAUUCCCCUGACUGAAGAUGUUUUGGUAACAUUAGCAAAAGAAGAGUUCCAAAAAUUGAGACAUGAUCUUGAAACGGUACUAUCUACUAUUCAGUUAAAGAAUGAAAAGUUAAAGGAAGACUUGGAAAGGGAGCAACAGUGGUUGAAUGAACAGCAACAGAUAAUGGACUCUCUUAAUGUACUACACAAUGAAUUGAAAAAUAAGGUCAUGCCGUUUUCUGAGUCAAGAAUCUUUAAUGAACUGAAAACUAAAAUGCUUAAUAUAAGAGAAUAUAAGGAGAAACUCUUGAUUACCUUGGGUGAGUUUCUGGAAGACCAUUUUCCUCUGCCUGAUGAUGGAAAUGUGAAAAAGAAAAAGAAAAACAUUCAAGCGCCAACUGCACAGCUGAUAACACUUCAUGAAAUGUUAGAGAUUCUUAUAAAUAGAUUAUUUGAUGUUCCACAUGAUCCAUAUGUCAAAAUUAGUGAUUCCUUUUGGCCACCUUACAUUGAGCUGCUGCUGCGUAAUGGAAUUGCCUUGAGACAUCCAGAAGAUCCAACUCAAAUAAGAUUAGAAGCUUUCCAUCAGUAAAAUUAUGAUCUCUUUUUCACAUAGCAAAGGAUCUUGUCAUUCAAGGAUAAUGGAAACACAGCACUAUUUGGAUAAAGAACAUCAUUUGCAAAUUAAAGCACAUAGUCCAUCUUCCUUUUAUCCUUAAAUGAUACACAUUGCCAUCUGUUAUUCAUGUUUAGAUAGUCAUUUCUUAGUCAGUGCUUUGGUGUUUUAAAUUAUAUGGACAAGAAUGUGAGUGAAUAAUAUUCUAGACUAAGACAUUUAAUGUACCUUACCUUAUGCAAUAAUGUUUGGAAAAUUUUUUGUUAAUUUAUGAUAUUGCUAAUGUAAUAUAUUUCUUUCUAAAUUUAUAACAGUAUCUUUUAUGCAUUUUGAGUUCUAUUUGGUACUUUAUAUUUUAAGAAUUAUAGUGGAAAGGUCAUUUAAUUUGAAGAUAGUUUUCAAAUUGAAGUAAUAUCUCAUGGAGAAGGCAUAAUUUUAAAAUGUUUAGCAAUUUGUUUCAUAUGUACUGCCUUAUUUCUAGAUUUGUGAAAAAUUGGGAUAAAAACUAAUGGGAAAAGCUAGCAUGAAAAUUAUAUUUUAAUUUGUAUUAUAUACCAAGUGACAUUCUAUAUUAAUCCAUUCUUGAAUCUGUUAAUUAUUAGCAACAAAAUUGUGUUCACGACAUUUUGUUAAUGCUUUGAAUUUUCUGUAAAUAAAAUUCCCUCUAAAAGUCUCUA